GUGGGGGCUAUCGGUCGCUGUCACUGAGAGUCUCUAGUUAACUAGCUCGCUCGGCUAGUUAACGGACCAGUAGUGUAGAGGAGGGUUCAGCUCGCCGGUACACUGAACUCUCGACGUCUCCCCGGCUCCGGCCCCCUAAAGCGGGCGGUGAGGAAGAAGCUGGCCGGGAAGGGAUGGCCUGGAGGCGGCUCCCGGUCUCACGGAGCGGCGCUGUUUGAGGGUGGUCGAGUUCGCAUCGAGCACGAGGCGACGGGCCGCGGCGCGAUGAUGGCCACCGGCAGCAUGAGCGCUUUUGGGGCGACGGCGCGGAAGAGCGAGGACAUAGCGGAUCUGAUCGACCUGUUUUCCAAGACUCAGUACAGAGCGAAGGAGGUUACCCCACAGGUGGAGAGAAUAGAGAAGCGAUGCUUGGAACUGUUCGGCCGUGAUUACAAGUACAGUGUGAUUCAGAACAGCAAUGGCGAGGUGUGUGGUCACUACCCUAAUCACAUCGUUUACCUGGAGUAUGAAUGCAGUGAGCCCAAUAAAGAAAGUUUUGAGAGUACAGUACAGAUCAACAAGUUGCAGGAUCUGGUGAACCGCAGUAAGAUGGCAAGAUGUAGAGGAAGAUUCGUCUGUCCGGUUAUCCUCUACAAUGGCAAGCAUGUGUGCCGGUCAUCCACUCUGGCAGGCUGGGGGGAAUUGUAUGGACGCACUGGUUACAAUUACAUCUUCUCAGGGGGCUCUGAUGACACAUGGGCAGAAUCUGAAGAAGUCCCAGAAGAUGAUUCCGCUGUCCGAAAUGGUGAUUCACAGCUGUUUGAUAAAGUGAGGGGUUCAGAUAUUAAGCUGCUGAAGUAUCUGUCUGUGCGCUACAUCUGUGACCUCAUGGUGGAGAAUAAGAAGGUCAAGUUUGGCCUCAAUGUCACCUCCUCUGAGAAGGUAGACAAGGCGCAGCGGUAUGCAGACUUUACCUUGCUCUCCGUGCCUUACCCAGGGUGUGAGUUCUUUAAGGACUACAAAGACAGAGACUACACAGCAGAGGGACUGGUUUUUAACUGGAAUCAGGACUUUGUGGAUGCUCCCUUGACAAUCCCUGCAUGCUUCACAAAGAACCUGAACAUUGACUGGAGUGAAUAUCAGUCAUGGGACCUGGUGCAACAGACGCAGAAUUAUCUGAAGCUGCUUCUGCACAUUAUCAACAGUGAUGAUGAAAGUGGCUUAUUGGUGCACUGUAUAUCAGGGUGGGACAGAACUCCACUCUUUGUGUCACUCCUCAGACUCUCACUGUGGGCUGAUGGUGCUGUUCAUGCAAGCCUGGAACCAGCUGAGAUACUAUAUCUGACCAUCGCUUAUGACUGGUUCCUCUUUGGUCACAUGCUGCCUGAUCGUCUCUCUAAAGGGGAGGAAAUUUUCUUUUUUUGCUUCAAUUUUUUGAAGCACAUUGUGUCUGAGAAUUUCUCAGUCAUUAGGAAGCCGAGGAGGAAAAACUCUCAGUUCGCUGAUUUCACAGUGGAUGACCUUUGCCAGCUACAGACCAGAGACAGAGGUAGUAUGACCAGUUUGAGUAGCGAUUUCUCAUUAAUCACUGAGGAUACAGCUGCUCCCUCCAGUCUUUCUGCUGAGCCUGUGGACCUGAUCUCUAGCGGUAGGAAAGCUAUGACCUCGUCUCCUCAGACCGUUCUUUGGAAUCGCUCGGUCCCAUUUGAGGAGCGACUACCUCAUCCACUUGCAGAGGGCAGGACUUCCAGCUCUUCAUCCUCCAACCAAUCAGAGCAUGGAUUUAUGCGUGCAGGCAGCAGCCCAUUGGCUGUGCCAGAGAGGAGGUCCAUGGUGGAGUAUGCUCGUUCGGGGUCUUCUAUAUCUACAGAGUAUGGUAGCUGGCAGAUUGUCUCAGGCUGUGGAAGCAUCCAUGAUGCAGCUUCUCUCCCUUUGGAGUCACUCCGUCCCUUCAGCUUCCAAGAUGAGGGGCCCAGCGGCCGCAUGUGUACAUUUGUAUCUGAGAGGCAGGCUCGACUGGAGGCAGUAAGAGAGUUGUUCCUGGGGGCUUACAGCUCCACGGUGGGGCUGAAGUCCUCUUUUCCAAGUCCAUCCGGAGCCAUCUCUGGUCUGCUGGAGCAGUUUGCCCGUGGUGUUGGCCUCCGAGGCACCAAUACCAUUGUCUGAACUCAGCUCCCACUUUUCAUUCUGUCCUGUUUUCCUCAGUUAUUUCUGACUAUCCGUCUCGUGCUUUGGUAGCAGUGAAUCACCAAGAGAAUGUUUCCUGCUUCUGCUGGUCUCAUUAGUCUGACAAUUUAUAUCAUUUUUAUCUCUGAGCCCUCCAUUUGAUGUGAUUCAUCAUCCCAUGAUCCAGGAACAAGUAGUCCAUAUUUAUAAUAAUCUCUCUCUGAAAUCAGUGUUCAAAAAUCCCCAUGCACCACGUUGCUCCUGUGCGUCAUUACAUGCAAUUUCAAAAUCAAAACUCAACUCAUCUCAUCUGCUACUUCUGUUUUAUUGUUCGUUGCCCUCUGUUUCCCUUCACUAUGUUCACACCAUUCCAUCAUUACUUCAACGUGCCAAACUUAAAUGCCGGGGUUACCUUUUAUUUCUGUGUUGCUUUUAAUAGUUUUUACAUGCCGAAUUUGACUGUUGAGGCACCUUUGGUAAAUUUUUACUUUCUUUUCUUUUUUGUCUUUAUUCUUUUUUUUUUAUAUGUUUAUUGUAGUUUCCGCUUUUUAUGUAUGUUACAUUUACAUGGCAUGAUGAUUGAGAGCCUGAGCAUGAACAUAACGAAGGGAAAAAGGGUUCUUUUAGCUCUUCCUAUUGCUGUAGCUAUAUUGUUGCUACAAGAAUAUGUAGUGAUGAACAAAUUGUUUCAAUAUAGUUUCUAUGUUGACCUCAAAAGCUUUACAGUUUUGGGGGCUACGAACCUAUAAACAUAUUUUGUAAAAUGAGUUUGAAUUGAUUUGUUCAUGAUUUUUGUCUUAAGAUUUUUUUUAAACACGACCACAAAGCAUUAUAAUAUGAAGUGUAAAUAACAAGUAAAAACUGCAGCAUGUUUGAAUCUGGGGAGAGUGUGAAAGAGGGAUGAUAAUUUUCUUCUGAAUUGGAAGGGUUUGUAGUUAAUUCAACAGUGUAUUUAUGACACAGUUUGUCGCGAUUGUUAUUGUGAAGUGAUUCUCUUACUCCUGGCUCUGCAAUGCUUGUGUGCUGUUAUACAUCUGUGAAAUAUCGAAACAGCAGCCCCACGAUGUACAAUAUAAUGUCAUUAGUUUUAGCUGCUCCAGGUCUUUGUUGUUGUUUUUUUUCAUUGUUUUUUUUUUUUUUUAAUAACUAAUUGAAUGAUUUUGGUUUGGCCAGUGAUGCUCAGAUAUUUGGCGGUGAUUGGUUGCAUGUUGAAUAUGAAAUCAAGGCAGCACUUGAAAUUUAACACUUGGGAUUUUAUGUUUUCAAUGCCAAAUGGUUUUGAUGGCCUUUUUAUUUUACCUCAGGACCACCACAUGUUGUGCCUUCCUUUCUGCUAUUAUUGGGCUACAUUUUAGGUGAUUUCUACCUAGAAUUGCGGUGUGUACCUUUACAAAAUUUUAAACAUGUUCAUUUUUAUUAAUUUAAAGUCUUCAGUCUUGCUCCAUUUGAAUCUAUUUGUCUCGGGACAGGCAGGAUGCAAAUCUGGACAUGGUUUUGUUUUUUUAAGACUUAUACUGCACCUCCACCUCUCCAUGUUACUCAGUAACUAAAUGGCAGAACUUUGUAAUGAUCAAUGUGAAAGCUUUAGAGUGUCUCCGGUCACUCUGAUUAUUAUGGAUCUCUUUUUGCCUAUAAUGUUGCUCCAGAUAAGUGAGUCCACACAAACAUUUGUCACACUCAAAAUAAAUACCUGCCAUUAAAACCACUAUAGCAAAUUUCAACAGCAAUAGCAGUUAAGCACCUUGCAUGACACGUUUUUCCCAUUGCUUCGUUUAUUUCGAAAGUAUUUUCAGAAUUCAGUUUUCACCAAGUUUAACCAUUGGGUUAUUUUUUUCACAUUUGCAUAUUUACCUUUUAUUGACCAUCUUUUCCUUUAACUACAAUUGAAUGCAAUUUUCUUUCACCCUCAUUCUGUUCUGUUUAUAGAGAGUGGUGCACUCUUUGUCUCUUUGUACAGUGUUGUUUUUGUUUGUUUUUAUUUUCCUUAAUAUCUCAUUAUGGUGGCUGAGGAGAUAUGGGACAGAUGCUCUUCCAGUGCAAAUAAAUGAAGAAAUUAAAACUA